GCAAUAUUUAUCAAAAAUACUAGCUUUAUAUUUCUAAUCAUUUAGUAAAACUUAUUAGGCUUUUCUGAAAAGCUAAAGUGUAAUAAAUAAAAAAUGAGUAGAUUAUCCAAGUUAGGAUAAAAUCUAUUGUCUAAUUCUUCAAAAGAUAAAACUGAAACCUCCACAAGAUCAAUAGCUAAAUUAGAUUAAAAUAUCACUUAUUCUAAUGAAACUGCAGUAUCUACUUAAGAGAGUGAAAAAUUUUUGGACUCAUAUCACUAAUGGAACAAUUACAAUUCACUACUUUAAUACUAAAAUAAUGUAAUCCUAUAGAAUUACUAUACAAAGCAAUAGGAACUUGAGCAGCACAAUUAAAAAUUUUUAUAUAAUUAAAUGAAAAUAAAAGAAAAAGAAUAUGCUCUAAUCAACCAAAAAAUAGAUUAAUUAAAAAAUUUAAUCAAUGAUACAUUUUAGAAAGAAAUUGAAAUUAAAAAAGAUUUAUAAAAACUUGAAAUUUUAAAUGGUUAUACAUAUUAAAAUACUCAAUAAAAUGAGUUAAUUUAAUUUAAUGGAAUUCACUAUGACCAACUCGAAUAGAAUAGGUUAAAAAGGCUGGAUAUGUAACAAAAAUUAUAGUAGCUAAUAAAUUAAAAGAGUGUCCUAGAAUAACAAUAUGAUUUCUAGAAAUAAUUUGCACCAAUUGAUAGAGAAUAAGACUAGUCUUUCUAAGAUACUAACCUAUCUAAAAAAAUAAAAGUUAAUAAAAGCUAAUAAAUCAAAAGCUUUUAAAAAGUAGAAUUAGAAAUCCCACCAUUUUAUUUAAAAGACUUACAAAAUAAAUCUCCAAAUAUAAAGAGCAUUUAAAAACCUAUAAAUAUGCCUAAUUAUCAUGAUUUAAAAUUGAUGAGCUAAUCAUAUAAUUAACUUGUCGACUUACCUCCUUCAAUAUAGCAAUAAUUUGAUAAAGUACCUAAAUUUGCCAUUAGUAAAUUUAAGAAUCUUGAUGAAUUUGUUGAGAUUAUGGCUAAAGAUAGAAUAAAAAAUAGAGAUUUGAAAAAGGCAUUUAAAGAAGUUUAUGAUUUUGAUCCAGAUAUUUAUAUUCAAAAUGUUAAAUAAGCUUAAUAUGAUUAACAAAAGCAAGAAGUAUUAAAUUUAAGAGAGGAAUUACAAAGGAAACAAUAUUUAGAUCAGCUCAAAAAAAAUAAAAACACUGACGAAUAAAAAAAAUAAACUGUUGUGUAAAAGAGCUCUCUAUUUAAAAGUUAAUAAAACUUAUAACAAAACUAAUCAGAUAACGAUGAAGAAGGUAAGAUUUCAAAAAAGAGGAAAAAAUAAAUAAUUGGAUAGUUUCGUAGAGUUGCCUUCUUUUUUGUAAUUUUCAAAAAGACUAUGCAAUUUUAUAUUCAUAAUAAAAGAGAUGUUUAAAUGAAAAAAGUGUACAACUUAAUUUCAUAAGCUUUAAAUGAUAGCAAGUAAUAUAUAAAAGUUUCUUGUGAAAGAGCUUUUAAGCUUUUAGUGUAUGAUAAAAAAUUAAAUAUUGAUUUAGAAUUAGAGAAAAAAUCAGCAAAGGAAGUCAAUAAAUCUAAAAUUCAAUAAUUAAAAAAUAUUGUGAAGGUUAUGUUAGAUUGCUUAAUAGAUAACUUGUCAGAAUCAUAAAUUAGUAAAGAGUUAAUACUUUUUUUUGCUAAACUAACAAAGCAAUUUUCUUUUCCUCCACCUAAUUACUUAACAAAAUUUGAACUUGAAAGAAUCCAAUUUACCAAAUAUGGGCAAUAUUAAACUUAAAAUAAAUCAGUUAUGCAGAUGAUUAUAUUACAUUUCUUCAUAGUUAGAAUUUUGCUUUAAGAGAUUCUUAAUAAGCCUUGGUCUGUUCUUGAAGGAGUUUAAGAAAAUUAACAAUUAAAGCAGUAAAAAAAUAAAUAAAUAAAUUAUUUUUAUCAUUAUUUAAAGAGCUUACAUUUUAUUUGUUUUUUUAUAAAAAGAAACUGCUAUUAUGUUUGUGCCAUAAUCUAGUAAAUAGUUUUGCAAUACUUGAAAAGUACCACAGCAACAUAUAAUGAAUCUUAAUUGCAUGUUCUUAAAGAAUUUCAAAAUUUAUAAAGGCCAGGUUUUAUGAAAGCAAAAGUAGAUGCCGUAAUUUCAAGAGAGGAUCAACAAGAUUUUUAAAAAUAUGGAGAACCAUUAAUUUUAGGAUUUCCUUCUGAAUUAAAUAUGCAAGUAAUAUUCAGUGAUUCAUAAUGGGCAACAGAAAGAAAAGAAACCCUUUAAGGUUUUGGUGAUAAACUAGUUGAAAUGGUCCUAAAAGUAUAAAAAAACUUACCUGAAUAUCAGUUUAAUAUAUUUUAGUAGAUGGAUGAAUAUCUUAAAUCUAAAGAAUUAUGA